CGGCGGCCUCGGAGCACGAAACCAGCCCCGGCGUCCGCGGCGGCGUCCUCCUCCUCGGGGUUCGGGACGCGGGGCUCGGGACGCCAGCGGAGGGCGACGAGGAGGCAGCGGCUGACACGUUGGAGCCGCCCGGAGCGAGGCUCCAUGGAGAAGCGCGCAACGGGGGCAGCGUCACUAUGGAGUACUUCCUGGAGAAGCUGCGAAUGUCCAGGUCCGUUAAAGACGACCAGAUCUCCAUCGAGUCCAAACAAGCCAAGAACGACAGGAGGCCGACGAAGAUAUUCAACAGCCAGCUACAGUAUCCCUCACCAACCUUCAUCGACAAGGUGCUGUUGUCGCGCUCCCUCAAGGUCAAGCGCACGGAGGGCGAAGGCAUCGCAGAGUUCAGCAACAGCGAGUUCGUACAACAGUGCCUUCGCACUCACAACGAGCUCCGGCUCAGGCACGAAGUCCCGCCCCUGCAACUCUGUUACAAGCUCUGCGAUCUUGCCCAGUACUGGGCCAACCACCUGGCCCACACGGACGACUUCUACUACCGCAAGUUCAGGGACGUCGGGGAGAACCUUCUGUGCCGCUGGUCCUACGUUCCAGACUUCGACAUCACAGGCGAGCAGGUAGCCAGAUAUUGGUAUAGCGAAAUCAAAUACUACGAUUUCUUCCUGGAUCCAUCUAUACUUCACGUUCAAGCAGGCCAUUUUAGCCAGAUGGUGUGGCGUAGCAGUUCCGACUUCGGCGUGGGCAAGGCCCGCACCCGCUGCGGCAAGAUCAUCGUGGUGGCGAUGUACAAACCGGCCGGAAACGUCCUCGGCGAGUUCCAGAGCAACGUGCUGCCCCACCCGCUCCCCGCGGACAGUGCGUCGCCGCAAGCCAGCGCAUCGUCGUCCUCCACGUGAACGGGGAGCUUUAGUGGAUCGUUCCGGGAACUCCGACAACGGUAC